UUACGUUAAAAGAAGCAACAACCACGCUUGUGUCGAUAUUAAAUGUAAGCUGUUUGGACUUUUUUUUUUUUUUUUUAAUAAAACAGCGUUACAUCCGUGAAUUUACAAUGGGCCGUGAGUCAAGGCAUUAUAGGAAGCGUUCAGCCUCCCGAGGUCGGUCAGUUAGCCGAUCAAAGAGCCGCUCUCCGGAUAAACGGUCCAAGAAGGAAGACCGGGAUCGAGACCGAACCAGGAGGGAGCGGUCACGUAGCCGGGACCGUCGUAGGUCCAGGUCCAGAGACAGAAAGCGAGCCAGACGCUCCAGGAGCAGAGACCGAAGAAGAUCAAGAAGCCGAGAUAGGAGGAGGUCAGGCAGCAGGAACCGAGGAAGGAGAUCUGCCAGUCCCAGCAAGAGCAGAAGAACAGAUGAAAAGUCAAGGAGCAAAGAGAAAGACACCAUUGAUUCUACAUCUGAUAAGAAGAAGGCAAAAGAGGAGAAAGAGGAUGACAAAGUUGAUGAUCAAGACUUUGACCAGAAUAAGCUAGAGGAGGAGAUGAGGAAGAGGAAGGAGCGGGUGGAGAAGUGGAGGGAAGAGCAGAGGAAGAAAGCCAUUGAAAACAUUGGUGAGAUCAAGAAAGAACUCGAGGAGAUGAAACAGGGCAAGAAGUGGAGCCUGGAGGAUGAUGAUGAUGAUGAUGAUGAAGGGUCAGCCCCGAUGGACGGAGAUGAUGAUGAAGAUGGGGAAGGAAAAGGGGAGAGGAAGGAGAAAGAUAUGAAGGAGGAAAAGAAAGAUGAUGGUGAGAAGGAAAAGGAGACACCCAUGGAGCAGCAGACGGAGGAUGAUGACAUUGAUCCUCUGGAUGCCUACAUGGAGGAGGUCAAAGAGGAGGUGAAGAAAUUCAACAUGGGAGGGAUGAAAGGAAAUGACAAGAAAGGAACAAUGAUGGUAACCAAAGUGGUGACAGUAGUGAAGACCAAGAAGGGACCCCACACUCACAAGAAGAAGGGUGAGCUCAUGGAGAAUGACCAGGAUGCUAUGGAGUAUUCAUCAGAGGAAGAGGAAGUGGAUUUGCAGACAGCUCUGACAGGUUUUCAGACUAAACAGAGGAAGAUCCUGGAGCCUGUGGACCAUGGGAAGAUCCAGUAUGAGUCCUACCGCAAAAACUUCUAUGUAGAGGUGCCCGAGCUCGCCAAGAUGACUCCAGAGGAGGUGAAUGCAUUGCGGGUGGAGCUGGAGGGUAUUACUGUCAAAGGAAAAGGAUGUCCUAAACCUAUCAAGACCUGGGUGCAGUGUGGGGUGUCUAUGAAGAUCCUCAAUGCUUUAAAGAAGCACAGCUAUGAGAAGCCCACCCCCAUCCAGGCCCAGGCCAUCCCUGCUAUUAUGUCAGGACGAGACCUCAUUGGCAUCGCCAAGACUGGAAGUGGGAAGACCAUAGCUUUUCUGCUGCCCAUGUUCCGACACAUCAUGGACCAGAGGCCCCUGGAGGAGUCUGAGGGACCCAUCUCUGUGAUCAUGACUCCCACCAGAGAGCUGGCAUUGCAGAUCACCAAGGAAUGUAAGAAGUUCUCUAAACCACUGGGCCUCAGGGUGGUGUGUGUUUAUGGAGGCACAGGUAUCAGUGAACAGAUUGCUGAACUGAAGAGAGGAGCAGAGAUUAUUGUUUGCACACCAGGAAGAAUGAUUGACAUGUUGGGUGCCAACAGCGGUCGUGUCACCAACCUGCGCAGAGUGACUUAUGUUGUGUUGGACGAAGCUGACAGGAUGUUUGACAUGGGCUUUGAGCCACAGGUAAUGCGUAUUGUGGACAAUGUACGUCCAGAUCGUCAGACAGUCAUGUUUUCAGCUACCUUCCCUAGAGCUAUGGAGGCCCUUGCACGUAGGAUCCUGUCCAAACCCAUUGAGGUCCAAGUGGGAGGCCGCAGCGUGGUCUGCUCUGAUGUGGAACAACAUGUGCUGGUCAUUGAGGAAGAUAAGAAAUUCCUGAAACUACUGGAGAUUUUGGGACACUACCAGGAGAAGGGCUCUGUUAUCAUCUUUGUGGACAAACAGGAGCAUGCAGACGGGCUGCUCAAAGACCUGAUGAAAGCCUCGUACCCCUGCAUGUCCCUACACGGAGGUAUUGACCAGUACGACAGAGACAGCAUCAUCAAUGACUUUAAAAAUGGGGCGUGCCGUCUGAUGGUGGCCACCUCAGUAGCUGCCAGAGGCCUGGAUGUCAAACAGCUAAUCCUGGUGGUCAACUACAGCUGUCCAAACCACUAUGAGGAUUACGUCCACAGGGCCGGACGCACAGGCAGAGCUGGCAACAAGGGCUAUGCCUACACCUUCAUCACAGAGGACCAGGUUCGCUAUGCUGGAGACAUCAUCAAAGCCUUAGAGCUGUCUGGCUCUCCUGUCCCCUCUGAACUAGAGCAGCUUUGGGGUUCCUUCAAAGACCAACAGAAAGCGGAGGGUAAGACCAUAAAGAGCAGCAGCGGCUUCUCAGGGAAAGGCUUCAAGUUUGAUGAGACAGAACACGCGCUGGCUAAUGAGAGGAAGAAGUUGCAGAAAGCUGCUCUUGGACUUCAGGACUCUGAUGAUGAGGAUGGAGCCUUGGAUAUUGAGGAGCAAAUCGAAAGCAUGUUCAACUCUAAGAAGAGGGUGAAAGAUCUGUCUGCUCCUGGGGCAGCUGCAGGUCCAGCUGGUGCAGUUCCCACCACAGCAGCUGCCACUGGAGGACUGCCCGGCCUCGGACCCACCUCUGCUGGGAACAUCCAGAAACUAGAGAUGGCCAAAAGGCUAGCACUCAAAAUCAACGCACAGAAGAACCUGGGCGCCGAGGCUCAGGACGUGAUGCAGCAGGCCACCAACGCCAUCCUGCGAGGUGGCACCAUCAUGACCCCCUCUGUAUCAGCCAAGACCAUCGCAGAACAACUGGCUGAGAAGAUCAACGCCAAGCUGAACUACACUCCUGUGGAGAAGUUGGAGGAGGAGCGGCAGGCAGCCGAACAGGCUGAGACCGUCAAGAGAUAUGAAGAGGAGCUGGAAAUCAACGACUUCCCACAGACUGCCAGAUGGAAGGUCACAUCGAAAGAGGCUCUGCAGAGAAUUGGCGAGUACUCAGAAGCUGCCAUCACCAUUAGAGGGACAUAUUUCCCUCCAGGCAAAGAGCCUAAAGAAGGAGAACGCAAGAUCUACCUGGCUAUUGAAAGUGCAAAUGAACUGGCUGUGCAGAAAGCUAAAACAGAGAUUACACGGCUUAUCAAGGAGGAGCUCAUUAGAUUACAAAAUUCCUACCAACCAACCAGCAAAGGGCGGUACAAAGUAUUGUAAAGGAUGAACUGAGGCUGCUGUGUGGAGUCUCUACACUGCUACAGUUGAAGAAGAUUUUAGUCUCUAUUUUCAAAGACGUUUCCUUUGAUUACAGCAUAUUGUUUUCCUUUUCCUUAGUUUGUUCUGUACAUCACUUGAGUUGAUUUUUAUACAGAAAUACCCUAAGUGUUUUGCCCAGUGUCACGGAUUCUCAUUAUUUUACAAUAAACUCUCUGCAAUAAUGUUUUCUUCUUUGGUCAAAUUUCAUCCUGUUGUAUUUUGAAUCUUUACCAAGAAAUGUUCAGUAAAACAUGUUUGUACUCCCUCACAAUAAACCAAUGUGUUCCUAAGGA